AACGCCCUUCCUUCCAGCUCUCUCUAGUCUGUCCUGAUCCUUCCAACUGACCAGCUUGUCUCCCACACCCCCAAACUGUUCCCCACCCUCUCUGCCUCCCCUCUCAAAGACAUCUAUCUUGUGUCAUACUCAGUCCUAAUUCUGCACUUGUCCAGGAUGCAGCCAGUCAACCAGGUCUGGAUGAGUCGGACAGCUCUAGUAGUGCUACUGGGACUGCUGAUUGCCAUCUCGGAUUGCUCCAAACUCAUCAAGCGUCCGCCAGCAAAAAUCAAGAGCUGUGCAGAUCGACCUGAGGAGCUCCUAGAGCAGCUGUAUGGCCGUCUGGCUGCCGGCAUGCUCAGUGCCUACCAUCACACACUGCAGCUACAACCACUGGACAAAGAAAAUAUAAGCUGCCCUGCAGGGAGGGCCGCAGUGGAUGGGAAGCACCAUCUGCCAGUCAAUAUAAAUAGCAUCUCCCCCUGGGCCUAUAGGAUCACAUAUAAUCAAUCAAGAUACCCCAAAUACAUACCAGAAGCAUACUGCUUGUGUAAGGGCUGCCUGAUAGGACCAUAUGGAGAGGAGAACACAAGCUUCCGCAGCACGCCAGUAUACAUGCCCACAGUCAUUCUACGCCGCACAUCCAUGUGUGCCGGUGGACGCUCAGUAUACGUAGAGGACUACAUCACCAUCCCAGUGGGUUGCACCUGUGUGCCGGAACAGGAGAAGAAUCCAGAGCAUGACAGUAUCAAUUCCAGUUUAGAAAAAGAAAAAUUUAAGCUACCUAUAAAUAAAGGUGAAAAGCCAUUGCCCAACUAAACAGAGGCUUUCGCUGAAAACCAACACAGGGAAUUUCAGAAGUUGCUGGAUGGAUCCAUGAUGGCUCCUAGGCGAAGAUGGCAAUUAUGGCUACAAUAAGGGGCUAAAAGUGUGUUCAGGUGAUGAGAAUCUUUCUAGAACAGUAUACCUAAAACACGUCAGUGAGAGGGACGAUGUAUGCCCUUAUGUCCAUGUAGCAGAGCACUCACACUUUAUGUUAUUCUAUGUACUAUGCAGAGAUGUUUAUAUGUUUAACUUAUACGACGAUAAAACAAAAAGGCUAUUAGACCAAGUGGUCACCAUUAUUAAUGGGAACUAUUAUCUACUCUAUGUGUCUAAAGAACUCACUCUUCUAUAUAUCAAAUACAUACCCCUACCAAGACAGGUGGCAUUAAGGGUUUAAAGUAAGUUGGGAUACAUAUUGUACGGCUCUACCCACUUGCAGACGGACUUCUCCACAAGACAAUGACCCCUAUUUUAAAGAUGACACCAACCUUUUCUGGCAGGAACACCUUCUUCCUGCCCUCUCAGUGGAAGAUAUCCAUAUAGAUGUCAAUAGCUAAUUAGAUGAGUGGUAAAAGUUUUUUUGGUUGAGAAAUAUCUAACAAGGUAUGGUACUAGUAGCAUCUGGCAACACUAACCAUUUUGGCCAAGCCAAGUCAUGAGUAACCAACUUCAAUGGCCGUUAUUAACUAACAACCACGGCUCAAUGAAUUUGUCAAUAGAAUAUGAGGGUUUAUCUGUUGCAUAGAACAAACAUACCUCAUAGAAAUGUUGGGAGAUAAAGUAACAGUUAUGGGUGUAGCAAUAAUAAGGUGGGAAAAUUAUUACACCACAAUCAUCAGACCUGCUUUUCCACAAAGCAAUUUAUUAUUAAAGUACAGCUUAAGAUUCUAGGUAGAAACCCUCAAUCCAUUAUAUAGAUAAUACCCAUAAAUGGGAGACAUUGCAUAGUACGUUUACAAAUAAAACAUUUGUGGCUAGUAUUUAGCAAUAUCUUUCGAUAAAUAAUAUAAUGUCACAGACCAAACACUGCCUUCAAUGCUGUUUGAAAGCAGCAGCUUAUUAAAACAUUGUCAACACAGCUGAUAUAUGUUAAUGGCAAUUUAUUAGUUUAAAGAACAGAAAUCUAACUGUUAAAGGGACACUAUAGGCAUCCAGACCACUCCAGCUCAUUGAAGUGGUCUGGGUGUAAUGUCCCAUGUCCCUUAACCCAACAGUGGUUAUUAUUGCAGUUUCUGACAAACUGCAAUAAUUACCUCUGAGGGUUAACUCCUCCUCUAGUGGCUGCUAACCAGACAGUGACUAGAGGGAUUUCCUGAAUUGAAGUGGACCUUUGGUCCGUUAUCUGACGCUGGACGUCCUCACGCUCUGCAUGUGGACCUCCACCGUCAGGUUUUUCCCCAUAGGAAAGCAUUGAUUUAUACUUUCCUAGAGGAAAAUCCUAAUGCGAGCGCGGCCAUUGCCGCACAUGCGCAUUAGGUCUCCCCCGCCGACGUCAGCCAGCAUGAGUGUGGGCGGAGCCUGAUCCAACGCCAGAUUCAGGUAAGUGACUGAUGAGAUUCAGGCGUUGUCUAUGGGGGUCUCGUGGUAUUCUCCAUAGACCUCGAGCAUGUACAAAAGUACAGCACUGAACUGGGCUCCUGAGAGCUAAAGGAGAGCGAGAGGACUCAAACAGGACUGGCAUCGUGAAGAUUUGGUGGCCACAAGGGACAGCCAGAAGUGAGUAAAACUCUCCUUCUCAGCAGUCCUUGGCUACCAGACUCUCAAGGGAUCUGUCUGUUUUGGUGGGUUUUGCGAAAUAUGCAAACGUCCCUGAAAUUGCCAGAUCCACAUUAAGUUUUUAAAUGAUGUACUACAUAUUUACACAGUUAUUUGUGCAUUGGGUGGAUCACUUUCCUUGCAAAUAUAUAUUUAAAAAAAUGAACUUCCAUUAUAUUUUCCGGACUUCCUCUGGCUCUGAGGUACAAUCCUAGCACCCUAGCCACUACAGCUAAAUUUCAGUCACAGAGCAUGGACUGACUGGGUAUCUGCUCCAACCCCUUUUUUUCUAUAAAAACUAGUUUGUUUCAAAAAUAUCUUAAAAACAUGAAAAAAAUAUCUUUUUAAAAAAAAAAAAAUUUUAAAGCCAAA